AUGACACUUUCUUUCCUCUCCCUGCUGGCCCUCGCAGCAGCAGGCGCUUCAGCCUUCUCCAUCGGCCGUACCGCCAACCCAGCCAGCAGAUCCGCAGCCCUUACCGGCCGCGAUACCAGCGGUCUGACCCCUGGAUGCAAGAACACCCCGACAUCCCGCAAAUGCUGGGGCCAAUACGACAUCAAUACCAACUACUAUGACACCAUCUUCCACACGGGCCGCACAGUUGAGUACUGGCUCAAUGUCGAGGAGAUUGACUGCGCGCCAGACGGGUACAAGCGGAAAUGCAUGGUCGCCAACGGGACCAUGCCCGGCCCAGCAAUCACAGCGGACUGGGGUGACGACGUUGUCGUGCACGUGACCAACAACAUCGCAACCAAUGGCACGGCCAUCCAUUUCCAUGGCAUACGCCAGCUGAACAACAAUCAGUACGACGGGACCCCCGGCGUCACCCAAUGCCCCAUACCCCCCGGAGAAAGCAUGACGUACAAGUUCCACGCCAGCCAGUACGGCACCUCGAUGUGGCACAGCCACUUCAGUGUGCAGUACAGCAUGGGGUUGCAUGGGCCCCUAGUCAUCAACGGCCCGGCAACGGCUGACUACGAUGAGGACCUCGGGAGCGUCUUCAUGACAGACUGGGGCCACGAGACGGAAUUUGACAUCUGGGCCACUGUCGCCACUUUCAACGUCACAUUUGAUGGCGCGCUCACCGGUCUGGUCAACGGCUUGAACACGGGAAAUUGCACGGAUGCUCCUGCGAACGAGCGCGAUCCAAACUGCCUCAAUGAGGGCAAGAAGUUCGAACUUGCCUUUGAGGCAGGCAAGAAGUACCGCCUGCGGAUCAUCAACAUCGCCACCGAGGCGUGGUUCCAGUUCAGCAUUGACGGGCACAGAAUGACGGUGAUAGCGGCCGACCUAGUGCCGAUUGUGCCGUACGAGACGGACAGCGUGCUGGUCAAUAUGGGACAGCGGUACGAUAUCAUCGUCGAGGCGAAUGCGGCACCGGACGACUACUGGCUGCGAAGCGGGUUCGUCAGCUCUUGCAUACCCAACGGCGCCCCCGAAAACAUCACCGGUAUUGUAAGAUACAACAAGGAUAGCACCAAAACCCCUACGAGUGUGAGUACCGUCGUCCGCCAAGCAUUCUGCCUGGACGAGUCGGCCGCGAGCGUGGUACCGUGGUUGCCGAUUGACGUGACAAAUAUGAAUGGGGGCAUCUCGUCCGAGAAUGUGACGGGAGAGUACCAAGAUAAAAAGUUCCUCAGAUGGUCCUUCAAUAUGGCCGAGGGGGGUUUUAUGUGGACGAACUGGUCGGAACCAGCGCUGGGAGAUGUCGUAUCUGGGAACUUAGGCGCCAUUCCGAAGUCGGACAACGUUUUCCCGGUCGGGCUUUCAAACCCUUCCACAGCGGCUCCCUCCAAGAACACGAGCAGCGAGCUCGAUUGGACCAUCCUCGUACUCGAAGAGCUGACGCCCAUCCCAGGUAUCUCUCACCCCAUGCACCUCCACGGUCACGACUUCGUCGUGCUCGCGUCUGGCAUCGCCAAGUGGGACGGGACGACCGACGCCUGGCAAUUCAAGAAUCCGCUGCGCCGCGACACUGCCGUUUUGCCGCCGAACGGCCAUAUCGUCCUCGGAUGGCCACUCGACAACCCGGGGAUAUGGGCCCUGCACUGCCACAUUCCCUGGCAUAGCAGCCAGGGCUUUGCGGCCACGAUCCUAGAGUCGCCGUCCCUGAUUACGGGAAGCGGCGCCACGAGCGACUGGACAAAGGACGGUGCGCCGCAAUGCGAGAAGUGGAACAAAUGGUAUCCGACCUCGCCAUACAAGCAGGACGACUCGGGCAUUUAG